AUGGUUGAAGCUUCAAUCACAGCUUUGGAACUUUGUUUAGUAAUUACAUAUUUUAUUGUUACUGUAGCCACCAGGCACAUUAAUUCGACUGUAGUGCACACCAAAAAUAGUGCUGCCGAAGUGUAUAUCAAAAAUGGACCAAUCGUUGGCGAAAAGCGUGGAGAAUAUUAUGCGUUCGAAGGUAUUCCUUAUGCGAAACCACCGCUAAGUAGAUUGCGUUUCGCACCAUCGGAACUGAACGAUGAGCGUUGGAUUAAACCACGUUACGUUACCCAGCCAGGAGCAAAAUGUCUUCAAUGGAUUCAUUUCAAUAAAACGAAAGAAAAGUUGGUAGGUGCGGAAAACUGUCUCUUCCUGAACGUGUACACAACAUCCAUUGAUCGUUCGUUACAUCUGCCUACGAUUGCUUUCAUACAUGGUGGUGCAUUUAUGUUCGGAGUAGGUAGUAAUUAUAGACCAGACCACAUCAUAAACCAAAAUGUGGUUUUGGUAACAUUCAACUACCGACUAGGACCACUCGGAUUUCUCAGCACCGAAGACGACGUGAUUCCUGGGAACUAUGGACUAAAGGAUCAGGUGACCGCUUUACGAUGGAUUCGAGAAAACAUACUAUCAUUCGGUGGAGAUCCCAACACUGUCAGCAUAGUGGGCUUUUCAGCUGGUUCCGCUAGUGUGCAUCUACAUUAUCUAUCUCCUCUAUCCAGAGGACUAUUUAGUUCUGGCAUUGGGCAUAGCGGUGCAGCCCUAAACCCUUGGACAAUGGCAGAACGAUCAACGGAAAAAGCUAUUCACAUCGGAAAGGCGCUAGGUUGUCCAACGAGUAAAACACGAGUACUUCUGGACUGUCUGCGCAAGCUUCCGGCAGAGGACAUCGUGCGUCAAGUGCCAGAGUUUCUUGAUUUCCUGUACAACCCUUUCUCACCAUUCGGGGCAGUUGUGGAGAGGAAAAGCUUUCUCAAUCCUCAUCCUUUUCUCACGGACUCUCCACGCUCUAUAAUGAAGCUUGGAAACGUAGCCAAGGUACCGUUGAUCCUUUCGGUUACACAAGCGGAAGGUCUCUACCCGGGGGCAGAGUUUAUUAGUGAUCAAACGUAUCUGCAACAGAUUGAUACCCGAUGGAAUGAACUUAUACCAAGCAUUCUUGAUUAUAAAACAGCCGUACCAGAUCACAAGAAACGUGAUCUCCUAUCAAGAGCAAUUCGGAAUCACUACUUUAAAGCAGACGAACGAUUAACUCUGGAAAACUUUAAUGUUCUUAUUCGGAUUAUUUCCAAUCGAUUGUAUUAUGCUGGUGUUACAGAAUCGAUCAAACUAAUGCAACCGCACAUUAAAGUAUAUGCGUAUGUGGAUUAUUUCAAAACAAGGUACGGGAACGGUGAGAAGCUAUCACAUUCCCUUGAAUCAACGAUGCAUGGAGUUUCCCACGGUGACGAUGUUGAUUUGAUAUUCCACAGCAUUGCACGGCAGCAUUUGCCUUAUAGGAAGGAAGAGAGGGAAGUUAUAAACCAAUUUGUAGCUAUGUACAGUCUAUUUAUCAAAGAAAAAAACCCUCGAUUUGGUCCCUAUGUGCUACCUUCUCAAGAAACUACUGACAUGAUUACGUAUUUGAAGCUGGACUAUCCUUACUGCAAAGUGGUGCGAGCUGAGGGUGUAAGUGACGAAAUGUUUUGGAACAGUCUUGAAUUUAAUGAUGCGCCGUACGAAUAA